CCGCCCCGGCCCGGCCCAGCCCAGCCCCGCCGCCGGGCCUAGUCGCUCUCCGCCGGCGCGCAGGGAGGCCGGCCGGAGCGGAGCGGAGCUGCGGAGGCGCCUCUCGCGUGGCUGGGCCGCUGGGCCGCGGCUCCCCUCACGUCAGGCGGCGGCGGGCGAGGCCGAGGCCGAGGCCGGGCCGGGCGCGCGAUGCGGGGAGGAUGUCGGCGGCGCCGGGGCUGAAGGCCGAGCUGCGGCUGCUGGAGUCCAUCUUCGGGCGCGACCACGAGCGCUUCCGCGUCGUCUCCUGGAAGCUGGACGAGCUCCACUGCCUCUUCCUCCGCCGCCCGCCCCAGCCCCAGCCCCUCGCCAUCCACUGCAACAUCACGGAGUCUUACCCCACUUCUUCGCCGAUAUGGUUUGUGGAAUCGGAUGACCCCAACUUGACUUCGGUGUUAGAGCGAUUAGAGGGUAUUAAGAAGAGCGAUACUCUGCUUCUGCAACAACUGAAGCGAUUGAUAUGUGACCUCUGCAGGCUGUACAAUCUUCCUCAGCAUCCUGAUGUUGAAAUGCUAGACCAGCCGCUGCCAGCGGGCCCGAAUGGAACGACUGAAGAGGUGACAUCGGAGGAAGAGGAGGAGGAAGAUAUGGGUGAAGACAUCGAUUUGGAUCAUUAUGAUAUGAAGGAAGAGGAACCCGUUGAUGGGAAGAAAUCGGAGGAUGAUGGCAUCGAGAAAGAAAACCUGGCCAUCUUGGAAAAAAUCCGGAAGAAUCAAAGGCAAGACCACCUAAACGGUGCCGUCUCUGGGUCAGUCCAGGCAUCAGAUCGACUUAUGAAAGAACUCCGGGACAUUUAUCGGUCGCAGAGCUACAAGACAGGGAUUUAUUCAGUGGAACUUGUAAACGACAGCCUGUACGAGUGGCACGUCAAACUUCUAAAGGUUGAUCCUGAUAGCCCGUUACAUAGUGAUCUUCAAGUCUUAAAAGAAAAAGAAGGUGUAGAAUAUAUUUUACUCAACUUCUCUUUUAAGGAUAACUUUCCCUUCGACCCUCCGUUUGUGAGAGUGGUUUCUCCUGUGCUUACUGGUGGGUAUGUGCUUGGUGGAGGUGCAUUGUGCAUGGAGCUUCUUACUAAACAGGGCUGGAGCAGUGCCUACUCCACAGAAUCUGUCAUUAUGCAGAUCAACGCUACGUUGGUCAAAGGAAAAGCCAGAGUUCAGUUUGGAGCAAAUAAGAACCAAUAUAAUCUAGCAAGAGCACAGCAGUCCUAUAAAUCUCUAGUACAGUUACAUGAGAAAAAUGGUAUGUAUGGCUGGUUCACACCUCCGAAAGAAGAUGGUUAAUUUUGUAGACUUGCGUACCUUUGGACCAAUGUCAACAAAAAAGAUUUUCCUUCCGACACAGAUUCAAGCUAUGAAUGCCCCUGGAACAGCCAUACUGAAGAUUCUAGCUAAUAGAUAAUAGUGGGUAAUCUGUUGACCGGCGCAUCCAGUAUAAGUUAUAGCCGUACAAUUCUGCUCCCGCCGCUGAGUACCUUGGACUAAACCGAUUGCUGUAUUGCCCCUACGGAUUACGCCUAAUAUGGCCGAUCUUCCCUCCUUACUAAAAGCAUAAGAUUCUUCAAACCAGGCUGUUGGCUUACUAAAAUACCAAUUCAGUAGAAAACUUCCCACCCAGUACUUUUGUAUGCACUUAUUUUUUUCCAGACUGCAGAGAAAUGCAAUAUAUUUUAUUUACAGCCAAUGAAGUUUAACAACAUUAGUUUAGUAAUACGUUACAAAGCUUUUUUUCAGGUCUUGUUAAAACCAGUCUAUUUUUUUUUCCUCCCUCUGGCCUAAAAUUGAAAGCAUUUGUAGUAUUGCCAAAUUCACUGAUAUAUAGGAAAACUGUAUGUUAAAUCAUUAAACUCUUUUUUCCCCCCUUGGCUGUGUUGAGGAUAUGAACUGUUUCUGGGAAGAGACUGCUCCUCGGAUGUCUCACUGCUUAAGCAAAGCCAGGCUAUGCCGAUAGAACUUUGCGACUAGUCGAUUCCACUGGAGCGAUAGUUUUACUGGACUGUUCUGCUGUUUGGCUUCUAUUCCUCCUUCACAGGAAGGAGACCGUAGGUAUAAAGCUUGAAAGUUAUUUAAAGUACUAGGAAACCUUCAUUUAGGCAUUCAGUUCUGUUAACGGGUCGUUGCAAUCCUUUGUAGGCUUAAUGAACUUCUAAAGUGAUCAGCACAAAUCAAGAAGACACUCCUUUUCAUUACAAAGAAAAAGGUUUUUUAAGCAAAAGCAACAGUAAUGAGUCCCAAGAAUCUCUUGAUUCGGAAUUUUAUUUUAUUUUUAAAUGUUGCUAUAGCCAUGCGUGGUUUUGUUGAAAAACUAAUGAGAAUUGCUUUUCCUUCUAGGAAAUGAAUCUGGGUUGGUAACUACUAUAUGUAUCUCAUUGCCUUACCUUUUAAAAAAAUAAAAUCAGGGUUGAGGGUUUUUUGGUAGUUUUGUUCACAGGAACUGAAUUAAAGGUAUAAGCACUUUUCUAAAAAAAAAGUCCUGACUUGUCUCCCCUCCCUUCCCUUCUCUUUGCCCCCACUUGAAAAAUAUCAAGAGUAUGCUUUUCCUCAAUUGCUGAGGGGGCUUCAGGCAUUUGGUCAUAUAUGCUUUUUUUCCCACUUGGAGGAACAAUUUACAAGCAUUUGACCCAGUGAAAAGGCUGUUUCACAUAGUCUUCUCGCAAUGCUUUAGCCGACUUCCCUGCCUCUCUGCUUUAUUUGGUUGUACCCAUUCAGUCAUAUAAAAGCCUGUUAAAUCAAAGGAUGAAUUCUGUAAACCUUUUUUUUUUACAGCUCUUUUUAAAUCCUGAGGUGAUAACCUCUUUUUGAAUACAUUAUUGAAUUCUUUAAUAUUCUAAUGGACUAGCAGAACAACAAGUGCACACUUGGCUAUGCUUUUUUAGUUUCAUUUUUCAUUGCAGAAUUAUUUGGCAGUGUACAGUAAUCUGUAAACUUGCAUCAAGUUUAUGAAUAAAGAACCAUUUUAAGAA